GUGUCGGGAGGAAGGUUCCCCUGGGCGUUCUGCUGCCCUGGUAGCUCCUGGCAGAGCGGGCUGAGCGGUCGCGGGGAGCUGCAUGGAGGACCCCAACGGCGUCGGGCCUGGGGCUGGCAGCCCACCUGGGAACGGUAGCGGCGGCGGCGGAGGAGGCGGCGGCAAGGGAAAGCAGGCGUCGCCCAAGGGCCGGGAAAUGUUCAAGAACCAGCGGAGGGAGUCCGAGGGCUCUGUGGACUGUCCCAACCUGGAGUUUGAGUACGGGGACGCUGAUGACCAUGGGGCCGAGCUGUCAGAACUAUACAGCUACACUGAGAACCCAGAAUUCACUAUCAACCGGCACUGCUUUGAAGAGGAUUUCAGGACUCAAGUACAAGGCAGGGGCUGGCUGGAACUGGAGGAGGCCUCACAGAAAGCUUAUGUAAUGCGUCUCUUGGACCGGUUGGAGGUGGUUAACAGGGAACAACGGCUGAAAGUGGCCCGGGCUAUCCUCUAUCUGGCCCAGGGCACCUUUGGUGAAUGUGACGCAGAGGCUGACAUCCUGCACUGGUCCCGAUAUAACAGCUUUCUGCUCUACCAAAUGGGAACUUUCACUGCCUUUCUGGAGCUGCUGCACAUGGAGACUGACAACAGUCAGGCCUGUAGCAGUGCCCUUCGGAAACCAGCCAUCUCCCUUGCAGACAGCACCGAGCUCAGGGUACUGCUCAGUGUCAUGUACCUGAUGGUAGAAAACAUUCGCCUGGAACGGGAGACAGACCCUAGCGGAUGGAGGGCAGCCCGGGAGACCUUCCGAACAGAGCUGAGCUUCCCAGUGCACAGUGAGGAGCCAUUUGUUCUCCUGCUUUUCUCCAUGAUCACCAAAUUCUGCAGCGGCCUUGCCCCUCACUUCCCCAUGAAGAAGGUCCUGCUCCUGCUCUGGAAGGUGGUCCUGUUUACCCUGGGUGGUUUUGAGAUCCUACAGGCCUUGAAGAUACAGAAGAGGGCAGAAUUUGGCUUGCCCCCACUGUCAGAGGACAGCAUCCAGGUGGUCCGCACCAUGAGGGCUGCCUCACCCCCCUCCUAUACCUUGGACCUGGGGGAGUCACAGAUGGCACCACAGUCUUCUAAACAGCGAGGCCGCCGGGGGCGGAAGCUGCUCACAAAGCAGGACAGCCUGGACAUCUACAACGAGAGGGAUCUCUUCAAGAAUGAGGAGCCUCCCCCUGAGGAGGAGGAAGAGGCAGGAGAAGGGGAGAACACCCUGGAUGGAGAGCUUGACCUGCUGGAGCGUGGACCCCUGGUCCCACCUCGACCCUCCCAGACCCCCACCACAGAGCGUGUGACUUUCCCCAAGGGUUUGCCAUGGGCCCCCAAGGUCAGACAGAAGGACAUUGAGCACUUCUUGGAGAUUAGCAGGAACAAAUUCAUCGGCUUCACCCUGGGGCAGGACACAGACACCUUGGUGGGAUUGCCAAGGCCCAUCCAUGAAAGUGUGAAGACCUUGAAGCAGCACAAGUACAUCUCCAUCUCUGACGUUCAGAUCAAGAACGAAGAGGAGCUGGAGAAGUGUCCCAUGUCCCUGGGAGAAGAGGAGGUGCAGCAGACCCCAUGUGAAAUCCUUUACCAGGCCAUGCUGUAUAAUCUCCCACAGUACAUGAUUGCUCUGCUGAAGAUUCUCUUGGCUGCAGCCCCAACUUCCAAGGCCAAGACGGAUUCAAUCAACAUCCUGGCAGACGUCUUGCCCGAGGAGAUGCCCAUCACCGUGCUGCAGAGCAUGAAGCUGGGCAUUGAUGUGAACAGACACAAAGAGAUCAUUGUAAAGAGCAUCUCUGCGGUGCUGCUUCUGCUGCUGAAGCACUUCAAACUCAACCACAUCUACCAGUUUGAAUAUGUGUCUCAGCACCUGGUGUUUGCCAAUUGUAUUCCCUUGAUCCUGAAAUUCUUCAAUCAAAAUAUCUUAUCCUACAUCACAGCCAAAAACAGCAUCUCAGUCCUGGAUUAUCCCUCCUGUACCAUCCACGAUUUGCCAGACCUUACAGCUGAAAGCCUGGAAGCUGGAGAGAACAAUCAAUUCUGCUGGAGGAACUUAUUUUCCUGUAUCAAUUUACUCAGGCUGCUUAACAAACUGACCAAGUGGAAGCAUUCCAGGACCAUGAUGUUGGUGGUGUUUAAAUCUGCCCCUAUCCUCAAGCGAGCACUCAAGGUCAAGCAGGCCAUGCUGCAGCUGUAUGUGUUGAAGCUGUUGAAGAUCCAGACCAAGUACUUGGGGCGUCAGUGGAGGAAAAGCAACAUGAAAACCAUGUCAGCCAUCUAUCAGAAAGUGAGACACCGCAUGAAUGAUGACUGGGCUUAUGGCAACGAUAUUGAUGCCAGGCCAUGGGACUUCCAAGCAGAAGAGUGUACUUUAAGGGCCAACAUUGAGGCCUUUAACAGCCGGCGCUAUGACAGACCCCAGGACUCAGAGUUUGCACCUGUGGAUAACUGCUUGCAGAGUGUCCUGGGGCAGAAGCUGGAACUCCCUGAGGAUUUCUAUUAUUCAUAUGAGCUAUGGUUGGAGAGGGAGGUGUUUUCACAGCCCAUCUGUUGGGAGGAGCUACUCCAGAGUCACUGACUGGGCUCUCAUCUGUCUCCCACACAGUGUUGAAUGCCAUGGGGAAAACACCCACAUACACACACACACACACACACACACACACACACACACACACACACACAAAUGGGAUCCUGCCCACUCUGUUCCUUACACCUUUCAGAAGCUCUCCUAAUUUUAAUUCAAAUCUGAAGGUCUAGGUCCAGAAUGGGCAGAGCUUGGUUUGAGGGGGUUAGGGGAAGGGAGAGCAGCUGUCUCAGCCUUAGAUCCUUCUUUCCCUGCCCAUCCUCUGGAAAAACUGUCUAAAUCCAGGACAGACCUGGUGGGGUCAGGGCAGGGGGUGGAAGACAGGAUCCUGGGACCAAAACAUGCCACCCAAGAGCCAAUUUCCAAAAUCAAGAACGGCCUUGAAUACUAAAGAGUCUCAUGGUGGGGAUGGGGAGGGCUCCAGACCAGGAACAUUCUGGAUAAGAUUCUCGCCUGGCUUUCUCUCUAUCUCCCCUUUGCCUUUGGUGGCUAAGAGAGCAUUCCCUAGGCUCUCUGGGGCUUUCUGACCCAUGGCAUUCACUUCAGCGUAAGACCUGCAGCCCUAGGUGACUAGUGGUUCAGAAUGAAGGAAGACCAGUGUUUUUGUGGUUCAUUCCUGGGUUUCUUAAGACUUUGCCUGACGCUUUUUCCAAAUACCAGCUUUGAAAUUGGGUUCUCUUUUCAAUCUCUUUCAAAAAUGUCUCAGGCACCCAUACCCAGUCAAAACAUAUAGGACUCUUAGGAAGUCAGUAUUAUACCAAGGCCAUUUUGGAAGUCAGUUAAGCCUAGGAUGGAAGACAGAGGCUCCAUACAUGCAUGCACCCCCCUCCCUCCACUGCAUGCACGCAUACAUGCAUGCUUCUAAAAAUCAUUGCUGUAAGUGGAGCUCCAUAAGAGUCCCAGCUAAUACUGCAACAUUUCGAUAGACCUUUUCCCCCCAUAGGACAGAUCUAUUCUUCAGCACAGGGUCAUUCUUAGAUUGGAGAAGAUAAGAGUCCUAUGUCCCAAGCCUUGCAUGUGGGAGUACAGUAUAUUGUAUAUAAUGAUUAUUUUCUUUGUUUCCUAAAGAGUCUGUGCUGGAUUUCUAAAUGAUUGCCUGCCUCCUCUGUUAGAAUCUGACACCAUUUUAAGAAGAGACAACUAGUGUGGAACACCCAGGUUUCCUCACAUGUUUUCUAAUUCCGUAACUUCCCCAGCUCCUGAAAGCCUGAGCCUUGCAGAAAAUUACCCUUUUUUGCCCGCUUCAUUUUUCAAAAGACUAACCACAGGAGAGCAUAGUUAUUAUAUGAAAAUUCUUUCAUUGGUGCUGCGGAUCGAUUUAUGUUUUAAUUGAAUGGAACAGCAAAAACAGCCUCGCUUACCUCUUUUUUUUCACCCUCCAACUUGAUUAAUCUUCCUACCCCUGCAAUUUCAGUGUCCUGGGGAGAUUCAGCAAUGUUGCUUCCACCUAAAACCAUGAAUGCCUCUUCAGAAAUCUAAGGGCUAGUGUGCCAAGAGGCCUUGUCUUCUCCAUGCUACAUAACAAAACCACCAGCUUCCUGACAGAAAGAAGGCUGAACAGCCUCUCUCCUCAUACAACAAGGACCAGUAGUCCCCCCAGCCCAACAAGGAUACCUUAUGGCCUUAUCUCUUUCAAAUUAUGCCUUCCAAAAUGUUCUUUCUCUUUUCUCUAUGGCUCCAGUAAAGCUUCUUAAGGCUUCUGCAGAAACUGUAUUCACUCCUUUCCUUGUGAGGAAUAGAGACUUUGUUUCCACUCAUGGUGUUGCUAAUGUUACAGCAUGUUGUUACGGAUACUCAACUUAAUAAAAAUUUAUUAAGCACCUCCAG